AUGGAUUUUAUUUCGUCAUGUUCACUAUAUUUUCAAACAAUACCGAAUAAUGAAGAAACACUAUUAGAUGAAUUAAUUAAUAAAGCUAAAGAAGGUUUAUCAAAUGUCCUUGUUGGUCCUGGAUAUGAUUUUAGUGAUGUAAUUGUUCAUAGGUUUAAUUAUAAAAAUAAUGAAAAUUAUUAUAUUUCUAUACAUGCAUCUGAUGGAAUAAUAAUGACUCAUCCAUCGGAACGUGUUAAAAAUGAUAUAAUAGCAAUUAUGCAGGGACGAACAAAUGUAUUAGCCGAUAGCAAAAUCCAAAUGUUGUUACAGUUGAUAAUACUAAACAAACUUCUUGAAUAUAAUUAACUAUCCAUUAAUUGCUACAUUUCAAAAAAAACAUCUCCAACAAUAAAUGUCGAUCGAUCAGUAAUUGAUUUAUCGUUCUUUUUUGAAUCAAUUGUAUUAAUUACAUGGGGUAAAUCGUAUAUAAUACCUUUCAAAUAUUGAUGUUUUUUUAAUAAACCAGAGAUGGGCAGCUCCGAUCAUGUCUCGCUUCAGCUCCGCUCAAUGAAAAAGUUUCUUUGCAAUUUUUCUUGAGCUUUGAUGGCGUUCAGUGAAUUUCACGUUUGAUUUCAACAUAUAUAUAUAUAAACAUAGACUAUAGAAAAGAAAU